UGUUACAGUAGAUUGAAUAUGACUGAGUUGGAGAACCAGAUCUGUACAGAGGAAACUAGAAAACCAGAGCGUCCAUACGUUGGAUUAAUUGCGGAAGCUAUUUUAGAUUCUGAAGCCAAGCGGUUGAGUCUGGGGCAGAUUUAUCAAUAUCUGGAAGCGAAAUAUCUUUAUUUCAAACUGCGUAGAGGCGGUUGGAAAAAUAGCAUCAGACACAACCUAUCACUCAAUCAUUGCUUCAUAAAAGUUGGGAGAUGCGAGGACGGCAAAGGGAAUUACUGGACCAUACACCCGAGUUAUGAACCUGCUUUUCAGCGUGGUGAUUUUAAAUGGAGGCGUCUUUCAAGGCGAAGGCCAUCACGGCAAAAGCAAAAGCGUGAAGAACAAGAAACCAACACAAAAUUGAACCCGACAUAUUCUUAUUACGAAAGCUUUUAUUACCAACAACACAACAAUACAUUCUCUACAACACAAAUUGAUUGCCAUUUACCAGACGUCGGUACAAUUACACCGAACCCAUGGUUCCCAACCCCGCUGUACCAGCCUGCAUAUUACAACCAUCAAAAACUAUACACGCAGUUAUUACAAGACCAGUUUAAUUGGACAAACCGAAUGAUAUCGCUAGAAAAAAGCUGCGUUGAAAACUGCGCUUUGUGAAAACUAAGCGUAUUUUAAAGGCAUUCUUUUGUUGCUAAUUUCCCUUUCUUCGUUGAUUUAAUUCAUUCGACCUGUCUGUUUUAUAAACCGUCGGUUAAAUAAACAAAAUUUAUGAA